AUGGGUGUGGGUGGAACAGCAGAUUUCUUCUACAAGGAGGCUCAACGGCUAGGCUAUGUUGCUCGCUCCGCCUUCAAGCUGCUUCAGAUUCAGAACCAACACAACAUAAUCAACCGUGGCGCCUCCGUUCUCGACCUCGGUUGCGCCCCCGGAGGCUGGCUCCAGGUGGCUUGUCAGAGCUUGGGUCCCUUCCACGGCGGCGGCUCCGUCCUCGGCGUCGACACCAAGAAAGUCAAGGUUCCCCCUCUUCACUGCGAUUCUAGGGUUCAGACCAUCUCCGCUGACGUCACCACCCUUUCUCACCACCGACUCAGAGCACUUUCUCCUAAGGAAAAAGGGUUUUCUGUGAUACUCUCAGAUAUGUGUCCCUUGGUCUCUGGAAUCACUACCAAAGACGCGGCCUUGUCGUUUGAGCUUGGAAUGCGUGCCUUGGAUUUGGCUCUCGGCAACAAAAUUCACCAGGAGCCAACUAGUGAUGAUCCAUCUUGUUCAGAUGACGGUAAAGGAGUGUUGAAGGUUGGUGGGCACCUUAUUAUCAAACUUCUCGAGAGUGAAGAUGCCAAAGAAAUUAACAAGCUCUCUAAACCCUUCUUUAAGAAGACAUCAUGGCUCAGACCUAAAGCUACAAGGCCUUCGUCAAGAGAGAUUUAUUUUAUAUGUCAAGGUUUGAAGCCAGAUGCUAAGAUAUAG